UCAAAUUCUCGUCAUUUCCAUUUGUACAGAUCGCCACGUAAGGUUGCAGUAAGAAAUGUACAGCGAGUGCAGUGAGGAUAUCGUGUAGAGGAUGAAGAUGAUGGUUUCAAGGAGAGUAGCCAACUUCGGCGCGUUCUGCUUCGCAAUUGGAACAAUCUUGGCUGGUGCCUCUGUAGAAAAUGGCACACUAUGGAAAGAAAGGACCCUGACGCUUGCUGCGAUUCUCGAGUCCGAAGAAGAAAGGAUGUCUUUUCUAGAGGAUGUGAGAACACAAGGUCCCAUCAGAGGUAACGACAUAGACACGGUGUCCAUGGUAGCGAACAGCAGUAACCCCAUGGGUACCAUGGUGUGGGCCUGUGACGAGGCCGUGCCCAGGAGACCGGACGCCAUCCUGUUCGCUGGAGGACACGACAUGUCUCUCCUGUCUGCCAGGUACGUCAUGAUGGUGGCCAAGUACCUGGACAUCCCGGUCAUCAGCGCCUACAGGGGCAUGUCCGGCGUCGUGGCGAGACAGGAAGAACUCCCAAACUUCGUCCAUCUCGGCGUGUCGGUUGAGCAGGAGUACUCGGCCCUGCUGAGUAUCCUGAAGUUCUUCUUCCAGACACGUUUCUCCAUCAUCACGAGUCUGCACACGGGACACAAGGCGUUCAUCCGGUACUUCCAGGAGCAGGUGGAGAAGGAGGGUGAUGCCUGGGGUGUUGAAAACGUCUUGACGCUUGACCUGGACAGUAUGGAAGAAAUAGACCUGUACAUGUCUCUAGCCCGGGACAUCACCUCAGGUAUCAUCCUACUGUACUGCACCAAGCAGGAGGCAACCGUCCUCCUACCGGCCGCGGAGAUAGUCGGCAAGUUUUCGGAAAACUCCGUGUGGAUCGUGCCGGAGAUUGUUAUCGGUGAUCUGGACAGCGCGCUUACAGCUCCGUACGAGUAUCCAGUGGGACUGCUGGGGAUAAAGUACGAGAGUCCGUCCUACAGCACGAGGAAGAUGACCCUGGACGGACUGUCUGUUUACAGGACGGCCAUGGAGAAGUACCUCACCAAAGGAGACGUGUCUGAGACCUUCAUGAGUGACACCUGCUGGAACUACACCUCACAGACAAAAAGCGACAGAUUAACGUUUAAAGAUUUUCUGCAAAAUGCCUCCAUUCCGGAACGUGACAUCAAAUUCGGCGCUGAUGGCUUGGUCUACAGCCCUAAUUUCGCCAUCCUGAACGUAGCUUCCAAGGGGACAUGGCAACGGGUUGGGUCCAUCAUCAUGAACCGGAUCUCCCUGAACGGGAUCAUCUGGCCGGGUAACUCGUACCUGGCGCCCCGCCCGGUCAAUCAGCGGCACCUCAAGGUCGUCACCAUCGAGGAGGAGCCGUUCGUCAUGGUCACGGAUCUGUCCCCCGUCACCGGGGACUGCACCAAAGCGGCGCUGCCGUGCACCAAGUUCGACUCCAAUGGACAGAGAGAAGAUAAGUGCUGUGCUGGUUUCUGUAUGGACCUGCUGGAGCAGCUGAAGGAUGACGCAUGGUUCACGGUGGAGAUUUACGUGGUGGCGGACGGGCGGCACGGGACGGUACAGAGCGGGAACUGGAACGGCAUCAUCGGUGACCUCAUCAACGGGACAGCGGACAUGGCAGUAGGGUCUCUUACGAUCACAGAGGAACGUCUGGAGGCGGUUGACUUCUCCGUACCUUUUAUUGAGACAGGCUUAAAGGUGAUGGUAGCGAAGAAGAAGGGAGUUGUGUCACCGUCAGCCUUUCUUGAACCAUACGACGCCACGCUAUGGAUCAUCAUAUCCGUGCUCAUUAUCAACGUCAUCACGUGUGCGCUGUGGCUCUUCGAGAAACUGCGACCUGGUCAAGCCGGAUAUCCACAGAAAGAUCCAUCGAAGAGGUUUGCUCCAUUCCACGCGUUCUGGCUGCUGUGGACGCUCCUGUUCAACAACACCAUGCCGCUCAUCCGCGUUCCCAAGGGCCUGGCGUCCAAGUUCAUGGUCUGUGUGUGGGCCAUGUUCUCAACCAUCUUCAUAGCCUCGUACACAGCCAACCUGGCGGCCUUCAUGAUCCAGGAACAAGUCAGUGAGAAGAUCACGGGACUGACGGAUCCGAGAUUCCAACGUCCAGAGGAGUUUCAGCCGUCCUUCAAGUUCGGAAGUGUGGUGGGGACCAGUAUGGAGAUGAAAAUCCGUGACAACUACCCGCGCAUGUACAGCUACAUGCAGAAGUUCAACACCAGGUCUGCCAAGGAGGCCGUAGAAGCUCUUAAGAAAGGGGAACUGGACAGUUUUAUCUACGACGCUGUAGUGCUGGAGUACCUGGCCGGGAAGGACGAUGGCUGUAACCUGGUGACUGUCGGGAACGUUUUCGCCUCCACUGGAUACGGGGUGGCGUUUCCCAAAGGUUCUCCGUGGAAGAACACAAUCGACGUACUCAUCCUAUCCUACAACGAUCAUGGGUACUUGGACAUGUUUAAGAGUCAGUGGGUGGAGGGACUCUGCAGCAGGAAACAGGAGCUGGAGAAGAACACCCAUCGCCUCGCCAUCGAGAACUGCUCAGGAGUCUUCAUCCUGCUCCUUGCUGCCAUCGCGCUCAGCCUGGUUAUCUUCUGUCUGGAGCACGUGGUGCACAAGUACCUGGUGUUCAUCGGCAAGUGGCCCAUGCUGUCAGACAGCGACAUCCCGCCGUCUCCUGUGUACGAGAACGUAGCGGGCACCGGUAGCCUCCGGAUAAACGGCGCAGAACGGGUGGUGGUGACGGAGCACAAGUUCGUCCAUGCCGUAGACACGUUAGAUGAUGAAUGUCCCGGAUGUCAGGUAGCCCAGGAACAGAUCCAUGCUCUGACGUCACAGGUGCGGAAGGCCUUCACACGGCUGGAGGAGCUCGAGGGGGACACGGGGACAAGCAGGGAGGUGAUUCCCGAAGUUUUAAAUGUUCAGAAACUUUUAAACGAAGACGUCCCAGCCAGAGUAGCGGAGCCACCUGGCGCCCUGAUGUCCCUUCAUGACGUGGUGCAACAACUGACGGGCGGUGGCGAUGGGACAGAAGACGAGGGGACUAGUACUUCUCACACAUCCGGGAACACAAGCCGAGCUAGUUCCUCUGGUAGCGCCUCCUCUCCGGAAACUGCCGAGCAUGCUAAUGAGGACUGAAGCAGAAAACUCAACAGGGUUAGCGUGAGCGUUACGCCUCCAGCCGUGACGUUUCUAAGACGUUAACGCUUCCUUUAAAAAUUGCUAUCGAUUUUAUUGUCUGAUGUAUUGGCGUACGGCUGACAGAGGUGGAAGUGUCAGCUGAUGGACCGUUCACGGAUCACCGGGAACUAUGUGUCAAGUCACGUGUGGAACACUAAGUCAUCAGUCUCCGUCUCUACAACAGUACGGGUGUCGUUCGUCACAUUAAGCGUAAUUACAACCUGUGUGCUCGCCCUUCCUACGGUACAUACCGGCAAAGCUAACAAAAGAAGCCGAUAAACAAACUCACCCAGCAGCGACCUUCCGCUGUCAAGAUGUCAAUCAUAUCACGGGGAGCAAUGCCCGGCCCGACGAUUGGUCGAUAUUUCAUUUUUGUGUAUGUAACGAAUCCGUGCCACAUGCUGCUGUUGCCAUAAAUUAAGGAAAAGGAUCUUUUGUGACAAAAAGCUCUUUUGUGACAAAAAGAGAGACUAUUACUACUCAGAUAUCUACAAGUGGAAGAAACGAGGGUGAUGUAGAGACAACUUAUGCCAAGUUCCUUGAAUCGAUUUUGACAAAGGAAGCUUCGUCUUUUGAAUUAACUUUACAAAAACACACAUAUACAUUGUCAGUCAGCCACACAAAAUGUUAACUAUGUAAAAGAAAAUAAAUGUAAUCGUUGUAUACCUGCUCCGUUUGUCACAAGCACGAAGGAAUGUCAUCAUAUGACGGCAUACUAAAAUAUUUAGUGCGGUCAUGAUGGCUGAAUAUGAAAGACAUAACUCGCAUCAUGUUGAGGUCAUUACCAUCAUUAUCUCUGUACAACGUGAUCGCCUAGUUUCGAUCUCUAGAUGUUUCAGUCCGUAUCCUGUUGAAUAACUAUGGUUACAAAUGUAAAAUCUGCAGCUGAGCAACUCCAUCUC